CGCGUGCCGCCCUGUCAGUGGAAACCCAUCUCCGGCCCCGCCGCACCCCCCCUUCUCGCCUCCCCCACGAAUCCCCCGCCCCGCGCGCGGCGGCCGCAAGGGAUCCGAAUCGACCGCGGGGCAACAAGGGGGCGCGGCGAGAGAGAUCUCUCUCUUACUUUCUCCCUCCGCACUCACUCGCUCUGCUCCCGGCGAUGCUGAGGACCAAGACCCCGCGGUCGCGCGGCGGCAAGGCGCGACGCGCACCCGGGGGCGCCUCGGCGGUCAAGCCCGCCAAGGCCGAAGGGAGGUCGCCGUCCGGGGAGCUCUCGCUGCAGCUGGAGCACGUCUCCCUCAUCUCCUUCCUCUCCGACCGCCGCCCCGCCGCCUCCGCCGCUGGCCUCACGCCCUUCGAGGCGCUCCUAGAGGAGGAGGAUGGGGAUGGAGAGGGGCUGGGUUGCUACCGCGCCGAUCUAACCCCGGCGCCGCCGCUUCCCCAGCCGCAGUCUAUGCCCCCGCCGCCACCGCCGACGGCGGCACAGGUCCCGCAGGCAUCGCCGAUGGACGCGGACGAGACCAUGGAGGAGAAGGAUUGCUGCAUCCUCAGUCAGGAUUUUUUCUGCACCCCAGACUACAUCACGCCGGAGAUGCCGCAGGUGGCUAACGAGUUCGACGAUGACAAGGAGAACAUCCCUUGCCCCAAAUCUCCGGAGAAGUCAGCCAACCCUCGGAGCAAGCGGUACAGAACCGAUUGUUCCCCUAAAGGUCUGGAAUCCACGGACUUUUCUUUCGACCAUCAGAUUACUCCGGUUCCGUUUGACAGUCUCACUCGAGAUGAUUCGGAAGAAGAGCAGCCGAUGCAGCCUGCGCUGGAAAAGAGGGGUGGUUAUGUCUCCCAGUCAGCAGUGGCUCUGCGCUGCCGGGUGAUGCCUCCACCAUGCGUCAAGAAUCCAUACCUCAAUACUGAUCCAUGCAUAGAUGAUGCAGUUUACGGUGGGAGGCAAUGCAACUCAGCAGGUUUUUCUCCUUCAAUUGGUGGUAAUGGUCUUUCACGCUACCGAACUGAUUUCCAUGAAAUAGAGAAAAUUGGCUAUGGCAACUUCAGUGUCGUGUUCAAAGUUCUGAACAGGAUAGAUGGGUGCUUGUAUGCUGUUAAACGGAGUAUCAAGCAAUUGCAUAAUGAUAUGGAAAGGAGGCAAGCAGUGAAAGAAGUCCAAGCUAUGGCAGCCUUAGGUUCUCAUGAGAACAUAGUUCGAUAUUUCACCUCUUGGUUUGAGAAUGAGCAACUUUAUAUUCAGAUGGAACUCUGUGAUCACUGUCUAUCUAUGAAUCGGAACCAGCCAGUGAAGCAUGGGGAAGCCAUGGAACUGUUGUACCAGAUCUGCAAAGGCUUGGAUUUCAUGCAUGAACGCGGCAUAGCACACCUUGAUGUGAAGCCUGAUAACAUAUAUGUCAGAAAUGGUAUUUACAAGCUCGGGGAUUUUGGCUGUGCUACACUUAUUAACCGAAGUUUGGCAAUUGAAGAUGGAGAUUCACGAUAUAUGCCUCCAGAAAUGCUGAAUGAUAAGUAUGAGCAUCUUGACAAGGUUGAUAUCUUUUCUCUUGGGGCAGCCCUCUAUGAGCUUAUAAGAGGCACCCCGCUUCCUGAGUCUGGGCCUCACUUUACAAGCAUCAGAGAGGGUAAGAUCGCAUUACUACCAGGGUGCCCAAUGCAGUUUCAAAGUUUAAUUAAGUCUAUGAUGGAUCCUAAUCCCGUGAGGCGGCCUUCAGCAAAGGAGAUCCUGAGACACCCCUCCUUUGAGAAGCUCCACAAGGCCCCAGCGAAGAAGUAGAAACGCCGCUCUGCGCCAUCAGAUCAGAGCAGCCGGCAAGGGAAUUGCGCAGCUGUCACAUUCACCAUCAGCUGCUCCCAAUUUUGUAUAUCUAUCUAUAUGUGUGUGCUGUGUGCCCUGAUCUGAUUGUAAAAGAUUUUUUAAAAAAAAUGAAGCACGGAUCUGAUUUUAACGCCAA